AAGAGCAAGUGCAUUUCAGCUUGUAUUAUUUUAAACAACAUAACAUCAAAUGAAUUAAUUCAUCUUCAAGUUCAGUGAAGUAUGCAGUAUUGCUACCCUUCUGUUAACAGGUCUUGCGUUAAAGAAAUGUGGGCAUCUGAAGUCUCUGUGGUUCUUUAUACUUUCUCAAUAUCUGCUGUUUUGAUUACUGUCCUUGGAAAUCUAGUGGUAAUUGUUUCUUUUUCUCACUUUAAGCAGCUUCACACACCGAGCAACCUCCUUGUUCUUUCUUUGGCUGUGGCUGACUUUUUUGUGGGGAUUUUCUCUAUGCCUUUAAAACUUCUAGCAAUAAUUGAAAGUUGUUGGUAUUUUGGAGACAUGUUAUGUUUUAUUCAUACUUUUAUCAGUUUUCUGCUCACCUCUGUUUCUCUUAGUAAUUUAGUAUUUAUUGCUGUUGACCGAUAUGUUGCUGUCUGUGAUCCUUUGCUUUAUUCAGCUAAAAUAACAAUUCCUCUUGUUGGGAUUUUUAUUUUAUGCAGUUGGGUGUCAUCUGUUGUUUACACCUGGGCAAUAUUGUAUUUUAAGGGUAUGAUAUUCACAUAUGAAACUGAAAAUAGUUGUAUAGGUGACUGUGGAGCUAUGUAUACAGAAUUAUGGACAAUGGUGGAUCUCCUUGCCACAUUUAUUCUACCCUGCUCUGUUAUGAUAUGUUUAUAUACAAAGAUUUUUAUAGUUGCUAAAAGGCAUUUGAAAAUAAUUAAUGCUCUCUCUCGGGAAAUGCAUAGAACUCAAAAGAAUCAUAGCAACAUAUCUAAAAGGUCAGAGAGGAAAGCAGCAAAAACACUAGGUAUUGUAAUAUCUGUUUUCCUUCUGUGUUGGGUACCUUAUUACUUUUGCAUAAUUAUAAAUUCAUACACUAUGACUGUGGUGCCAAUGGAAAUAUUUAGUAUUUUUACAUGUAUAGUUUACUUCAAUUCAGGAAUGAAUCCAAUUAUAUAUGCUUUAUUUUAUCCCUGGUUUCAGAAGUCUCUGAAACUCAUUAUCACUUUCAAAAUAUGUAGCCCUGCUUCAUCCCUGAUUAGCAUGUUUGCAGAAAAAAAAUGAACCUAAUACUAAUGCAUCUUGUUGAUUUGUACAGUAUCUGUAAUUGUGCUGAAUUAUAUGACAUUCAUAUUUUCCAGUUAACUAUCAGAGCAAAAACAGGCAAUAUUUUCAAAAUAAUCCACUGUAUAAUUGAUAUUAUAGAAUUGAAUGGUUGCUUAAUUUAACACCUGACUUAUACAGUAGU